AUGUCCGCCUCCGUCGCGCCUCCUGAGACCGUGGUGGUAGCGGCCGAUCCCACCGAGCCGUUCGAGCCUCGACCGUUGAUAGCUGAGGUCCUCCGUACUCACCACUGCGUCCCAGACUCCAUAUUUCUUGUGGAAGGUAUCGAGGCGCACAUUCCCGUCUCAAAGCGCUACCGCACCGUCCGCCUGCUCUUGGGUGAUGGGGAGCUAUGUAUCCAGGCGCUGCUCCGGUCAGAAAUGCACCGGUUUGUAGAUACUGGUCGCAUCUUUGUGGGAUGUUACGUACGAUUGACCAGAUUUGAUGUGCAGUCCAUCGAGUCAAAUCCAGGUGGUGAUGGUGACACGGGUAAUGCCAUGGAAAUGGUCUAUCUAGUGGUGAAGGACAUGGCCACUGUCGGAUGGAACGCCGGAUACAUGCAGAUGGCUGGCACAACAGGACAGGGGCAAUCACAUGCCACCCUUGGUCCCGAAAACGCAUCAAUGACAAGGUACAAAGUCGGCAUGGGAUCUGGCCUACAGAGUCACAGCAUAAAUACACCUCGUCCACACCUCGAGGCAGCGCACUUAUCGACCGCAAAGCAAGCCGAGGAACCCAAUUCCGACGAGGAAGACGCAUUUGAGAGCCACAAGGUACCUGAGCAGACCGUCAAAGACCGCCGCCAAGAAGCAGAGCUCAAGCAGCAGCCCAGCGACACCCUCCCCUGGGCGCCCAGCACACUCAGCAAACCCCUGAAGCUGACGCCGCUCAAGUCCAUCCCCUACCUGCCAUACAAGCAGAACUGGGCUGCCAAUGUCCUUGCGGUGAUUGUGUGGCUCUCCGACGUGGAACCGGCGCUGCUGCCUGGCUAUGUCGGCAGACAGCGGACGGCGAGGCUGGCCGACCCGUCGACCGACAAGCAGGUGCUGCUGACUGUCUUCCUGGACCCGGACGAAUUCGCCCCCGAGGUUGGCAGUGUGGUGCUGUUGCUCGGCGUCAAGAAUCAUAGGUUUGAUGGCGGCAGCUUGAAGAAAUACGGAAACGAGAAGCCCAAGCCCGGGACGAACUGGUGGUUCGAAAAUCCAACGGAUGUCGAGUGGUGCGAUGUGGAAGGGUUGAAGAAUUGGUGGAGUGGAAAACAUGUCGAUGCCCCUUGA